CUCAAAAACCCCGUUUGUCCAUUUCCUCGGCAACCCCACCCCCCAACCCCUACGCCCGGCCGGCACCAUCUCCUUCUCUACACCAAAGUAGAGCAAAAGCGAUAUCCGGGUUCUUAAAAAGCUGCAUGCUUUUUCCGAAUUCGUUUGCAUUAGGAUUUUGCAUAAGCUCAAGUUGAAAUUCUUGAUAUGAAAGCCUUAAGAUUUUUUAGGACAUUGAACUCUUCAAAUCCAAGCAAAACCCAUUUUAAUUCAACCAUUUUUCGUCGCCUUUACUCAGCCCAACCUCAAGAAGACCACCCAACAAGCACUGGUCUUUCUUCCUCUGAAGAAGAUGACACGUCAUCAUCCUCAGUCUUCGACAGUUCCCAAUACGAUGUAGAAUUAAACAAUGAUGUUAAUUCAGGAAACAGUGUAAGCAGCAACAGCUCCACUUGGGACGAGAAGUAUAGAGAAAGAGUGAAAGAUAAUGUCUUUGGUGAAAAAGACCCUUCAGAGAUUAAGAGUACACGAAUCUUGAUUAAAGAAGAGGAGAAGAGAAGAAGAGCUGCUUUAUUGGCUAGGAGUCUUCUAGAAGCUGCACUUGAUGAAAAGGGAGAUGAAGAAGAUAAAGGGUAUGAUGAGGUGGUGAAGGAAGAAGAUCAAAUGUCAUUGAGUGUUGGAAUUAUUGGAGCUCCCAAUGCUGGCAAAUCUUCAUUGACCAAUUAUAUGGUUGGGACCAAAGUUUCUGCUGUAUCACGGAAGACGAAUACCACUAUUCAUGAAGUCUUAGGUGUGAUGACUAAAGGAAAGACACAAAUCUGUUUCUUUGAUACUCCUGGGCUUAUGCUAAAGAAAAGUGGAUUUCCCUACAAGGACAUGAAAGCACGUAUUGAAAGUGCAUGGAGGUCUAUUAAUCUAUAUGAUGUACUGAUUGUCAUAUUUGAUGCUCAUAGGCAUCUUACCAAGCCUGAUUCCAGAGUUGUGAGGUUGAUUGAGAGAAUGGGUUCUGAGGUUAACCCAAACCAGAAACGUUUACUGUGUAUCAAUAAAGUUGACCUUAUCGAGAAGAAGAAAGAUAUAUUGAAAGUUGCUGAGGAAUUCAAAGAACUUCCUGGAUAUGAGAGGUGUUUUACGAUAUCGGGACUAAAGGGAGCUGGAGUGAAAGAUCUAACACAAUACUUGACGGAGCAGGCAGUGAAAAGACCAUGGGAUGAAGAUCCACUUGUCACGAGUGAAGAAGUUAUGAAGAAUAUUUCAAUGGAAGUUGUCAGGGAAAAGUUGCUACAUUACAUACAUCAGGAAAUCCCGUAUGGCAUUGAACAUCGCCUGAUGGACUGGAAGGAGUUACGUGAUGGUUCCCUAAGAAUUGAACAGCAUUUGAUCACUCACAAGAUAAGCCAACGCAAGAUUCUCGUAGGAAAGAAUGGUUCCAAAAUAGGGAGAAUAGGUAUCGAGGCAAAUGAAGAGUUAAGAUCGAUAUUCAAGAGAAACAUCCAUCUAGUUCUUAUGGUUAGAGUGAAAUCAUGAGAUCAAAGACCAUGUCCUUGUUUUGCAUGUAUAUAUAAGAGAGGUCUCCAGUUUUUUGUCCUUUUACCAAAGCAAUUGUGAGUUGACACAACAAUCUUCCAAAGCAUAUCAUAUUAUGUUGUUCCGAUACAAAAUAUGGAGAAGUUCAAUUUCCCUUGUAUUUGAAUACAUUCAUAUUCUUUUGCUAUAGAUUUAAGGACAAAAUUUAGGCAUUGUAUUCGUGUUGGAUUAAGGGUACAAUACUCUUUCCACUAGAGUAAGAUUGGGUGUCCUGUUAGUUCAAUUGCAUUAAUAAAUUUGAGCCCCAAGUUCUAUUGCCUUA